CCCCUUGUCUGUUGAUCAAUCCGGUAUCGUCACCCCCACCAGUAUGGCGUCUACCUCAUACCCACCAGUGUAUCUGAUUCUUACAAGUAUACUGGUGAUUUGUAAACUAUGGCAGGCAUCAGCUGAUCUAAUCGAUAUGGAGAUGUUAACGUUUGAUGGAGGAUUCUUCGUUAUGGGGUCAAAUGACAAGAAUUCCAAAACAGGGGAGUAUCCGGAAAGACGAAAGGAGGUGCUCCCGUUCAGAAUAGACAAAUAUCCCGUACAGAUGAGACAUUACAGGAGCUUCAUGGAACACCGUCGCCAGCGCACUCGUGCUGAACAGUUAGGCUGGAGUUACGUGUUUGAAGACCUGGUGACGGAGCAGGGCCGAAUCAACGCUUCUCGGACACUGCCUGACCAGCCCUGGCUGUUGGCAGUCAAGAAAGCCAACUGGCUAGUGCCAGAAGGCCCUGGAAGUAACAUCACAGGCAGGGACUUCAUCCCCGUCGUUCACGUUAGCUACCAGGAUGCCCAGUAUUACUGUAAGUGGGCCAACAAACGACUGCCCACCGAGGCAGAGUGGGAGUUCUCCGCCAGAGCAGGGCUUAAAGGCUCAGAAUAUCCAUGGGGAAAGGAGAUGUUACCGAAUAGGAUGAAUUUCUGGAAGGGUCGUUUUCCUGAUGAGAACUUGUUAUGGAAACAUAGAAAAGGGUUGACAGUGGUGAACCAGUUCCCAGCUCAGAACCAUGUCGGCAUGUACGAUCUAUUGGGCAACGUUUGGGAAUGGACAUCAACCCCGGCUAUUAAACAUGAAGAUGAAAAAAAGAUGACGACAACCAAUGCAAAAAUAGCAAAAGGCGGGUCCUAUUUGGAACUGGCGGGACCUGGCAUUACUACGGGAUAUCAACUACGUAUAAGCCAAAGAAAAGCUAUAGAUCCUCGUUUCACGGCCCACCAUGUUGGAUUCCGAUGUGCACGUGACGCCAAGCACGGCAAGGCUGGGACUGCGGCUAAAAGCAAGCUCCCACCCCCUCCCCGACCCUCCGUCAAGCCGAAACCCAGAAAGAAGGCCAGGACCUUAGACAAUCCCUCACCCAAGAGGCGAGGGGCCAAAAAAAUCAGAAAAAGAAAACCAGACGGCAGAGCCGGCGAGUGGCAGCCAAAUCACCGUGGUCACACACCGAACCGUCCGUCACGGAACAUGGCGGGCAUUACCUUUAUCCUGUUGAAAUGGAUGCUAUGUAUUUCUUUUUGUAUUAUCACUUUCACAACGGCGAGUAUCAAACUGAAACCAGCGGCCAACUUGGAAAGAAUCAAAGCGCUGGAUGAUCCCUAUGCCUCUAUGAGAGAAAUCCAAGGCGGGAAAUUCAAACUCGGCGUGAAUGACCCGCGCUCCAAAACAGGGGAAUACCCUCCUCGUGAGGUCAAGGUCAGGGAUUUUUACAUUGACCUUUAUCCUGUCACCGUAUCUCAGUUCAGGAAGUUUAAACAGAAUAAGACGAAGUUCAGGACGACGGCGGAGAUCCGUGGAUGGAGUUACAUCUUUGAGGACGCUCUCACGCCAGAGGUGCGGGAGGUCAGCGAACGGCCAUUCCUGGACCAGCCGUACAUGUUGAAGGUGGCCAACGCCACGUGGAAUAGGCCCGAAGGUCCAGGCUCGACGACCAAAAACCGCAUGAAUUACCCACUGGUCCACGUGACGUUCCAUGACGCACACACCUAUUGCCAAUGGGCUGGAAAACGUCUACCAACAGAGAAUGAGUGGGAAUAUGCCGCUAGAGGGGGACUCAAGGAGCAAAACUAUCCAUGGGGAGAUCGUUUCAAGAAAAGAAGAAUGAAUUACUGGCAGGGUAAAUUCCCGGAUUUCAACAGAGUUUGGGACGAAUGGGAGUUUCUGUCUCCUGUUGAUGCCUUUCCUGCACAAAAUGAGUACGGAAUGUUCGAUCUAAUGGGAAAUGUGUGGGAAUGGACAACCACGGAGUUCUAUCAGCGAGGUGUUAACCGACACGAGCAGCCCAAACGAUAUGUGCUGAAGGGAGGCUCGUACCUUGACUCUAGAGAAAGCGAUUACGGUAGCGGGAAUUUCGUGGUGCGCUCAUCUACUAGACGUGGUCUUGAGCCUGAUUACUCCGCCCAUCAUGUAGGCUUCCGCUGCGCCGUGACAUCACCACACAUCCCUGCAGCUGGGUCAAAAGUUAACAAGACAAAAGACCGGCCCAGACGGGUUCACAAAGUUCACGAAAUGCAUGACCAAACAGGCGCUCGCCAGAUGCUUCUGAAGAGAAAAGCGGAGCAAGCGCAGAAGAAACGAUCCACUACGCGGACUGUAGUGCGCGUAUUGAAGGAUGAGUUGUAGCUCCGGGCGGAGGGAUAUGCCGCUAUACACACAGAACCGAAAAGAACUAUCAUCUGUCAUGGAUUAUUGCAAGUUCGCAAAUUUUGUGUCAAGCGGGUAGAAAAAACCUAUUGUGAUUGGUUACCCAAAUUUUUAUUACGGCUAACACGUGGUUAACUGUGUUGAGAGAGAGAGGUGUCCAGACGAGAAGCAAAUCGUUUCAUAUUUUAGCAAAAAUUGAUGUGACUUAGGGGUUUAACCGGUGUGAGUCCAGAAUUAUUCUUUGUGUCUCAAACUAUCCUGCAUAUAUGCCAAACUACCAAGCGUAUAUUUCUUCAAUUUAUUGGUGUUUUACUCCAAACUCAAGAAUAUUUGACCCACGACGGUAGCCAGCAUUAUCUGGUAGGAGGAAACGUGCAAACCCAAGGAACUUUUUACCAUCCGCUUUGCUUCUUACGUACGUUUGGAAGCCAGCAUGAGCGGAGAGGCUCCUGGUUCACUUUAGUGCGCCAACCACUCGCCCAUGAAGCUCACCCACUCCUCCACCCAAACCCCCGAGUGUUAAAAGGAAAACAAAAAUAACAUGAAAUGUUCUCUGCUUGGACCUAGAUUAACAAAAGUUGGAGGCACUGGUCGAUCAAAAGUUGGAAAUGGUUUUGUUGUGGUGAACACGGUGUGAAUAAAUGUGGAAGCGCACUUUCUUGAUAAGCUAUGCAUGUAUUACCCGACUGUAGUAAGGAUUGAGUUUGCGUUUUCGGCGACUGUUGGGUACCUUCCCAGAGCAUUGUAUACAACAGUUUAUCUGCAUAACAACCUAUAAUAGACAUUUUCUAUAGAUUUAUAUCGCUGUGGCGUGAUAUAAAAUAUCGUGACAUAUCAUAAGUUGUAGUUUUUCUACAUACCAGUGCCCAAUAUUCUGCAUAAGUGUCUUUUGCCCAUAGUCUCUCCGUAUAAAACGAUGAAAGUUUAUAGAGCCAUAGAAAUAAAAAUAAAACAAAUUUGUGUGAUAAAAUCUCAACUGGUCUGUAUUAAUUUACCGCUUGCUAGUUUUAUUAGCUUUUGAGGUCAUCUCCGGUCUCCUUGAUCCAUAAAACUGGGUAGGUUAGGUAUUACAGAAGAGGUCGGGACUGUGGACUGGGUGUUAUGAAAGUACAGUAAGUG